AUGGAGGAUGUGGAUUCGACGCUGGCCGACAUAGGACGAAGAUGCAAUCCACGCCUGAUGGAGAAGAUGUACACACAUUACAAUCAGAUAAAGGAUGAUAGCCAUGAUGAAGAUGCCGCGAAACGAGCGCUCGGAGGGCAACUGGCCUUGCUUCAUCGCUGCGCAUCGUCAAUCUCCAAGCUUUUGCGACGACGCGGCUCCGUCUUGCUUGUGGCGAAGCUUAUGGUCAUCUCUCGCCUUCUACACAAGACCCUGUCCCAGCAGACAACGGUACCACCAUUUGUGGAGGACCUGCGCAAUCAAUUGGCGUCCCUUCGGCGAAGUCUGUUGAGGAGGCUCGAAAAGCGUCUCGCGUCUGCUAAGUAUGCGGCUGAUGAGAUUAUUGAGGCCUUGGCAGCGUACUGUCUUACAACUAGCUCUUCCUCAGAUGACGCUAUUCGUUACUUUCACCAGGUUCGCUUAGAUGGUAUUGGAGGCCAGUUGGAGCUUGUCGACCCGUCAGGCGAGAAUGUCCUGAACAGCUUACGACUAUAUGUUCGGACCCUCCAAACUUCUAAGAUCCUGCUAUCUCGCCGUUUGUCUGAUGUUCUAAGCAAACUGAAAGCACGGCCCCUGCUGACAGACCCUGAAAUUCGGAGUUUGGACGACCUAGACCUCGGUGUUCUGGGACGCUGGGUUGCCGCAGAUGUUAAUAACUUCACACCAUGGAUCAAGCUUAGUGAGUUAUCGAAGUCGGAUGCCGAGAAGACGAUCAAGCAAUGGUCCAAACCGGCUUUUGAUAGAUUCUUAGACGGGUGCCGGGGCACCCUCACAAACUGGCUGGACUUCUCGAAACUUCUCUCGUUACGCAAGCAGACAUUGGAGCUCUGGCUAUCUUCCCGGAGCUCGACACCCACCCAUUCAUCGUUACAAGUUCUGGAGGGAAUUAGGUCGGUCUUUAAUGAUCGACUUAAAGGGAUUCUGUCAGAACAAGCUAAAACAUUGGAUGUAUUCGGUCAAGGCGUCGCUUCUGGAGUGUCGCAUUGGGGCGACAGAGCCCACACGGCUUCGCAGUCACUUUGGGCCGAGGACUUGAUUUCCCUUGACUAUUCCAACGGCUCUGCUGCGUUCAAGCAAGCUGUCACGCACAGACUCCUGGGCCGUGAUGAUGACGUAUCCGCUGUCCUUGAGAAAUACCAUGGAUGGUUGUCUGUCAUCGAGGAGUCCAGGGAGUCUAUCGAUGGCCUACGGCAGAUACGUUGGGCUGACGUCUUGGACGAAGGCGAGGACGAGGAUCUUGAUAUCGAUGUUCCUGCCAUGUUAAACGACGACGAUCCACGACUGCUGCGCGAAGCCCUUCAGGCGGCAAUUGAGCAAGCAUUCGAAACACUCCAAAAUUCGCUCAGCACAACCUUCGACACACUUGAGAAGCCGGGACAAAGCGGUGAGGCCGCUUUUAUGCUGAAGACUAUCCGACUGGCUCGAAGAGAUCUGCCUGCCCAGUUCAUUUCGAGCGAUUAUGCACUGUCCCAGAGCAUUGUGCCGGAGUUGCAGAAAAUUCUUGCUACUGACAUAGUCGCCCGCACAGGACCCUGGAAGUCUCCGGCUACUUCGAAAUCGAAGUCUGGAAAAGUGCCAGGUCGCACACUUUGGGAAGGUGAUCCUGAAAUCCCUGUCCAGCCGACACCAUCGACGUUCAAAUACCUGCGUAGACUUGUGCGUUCUAUGGAUCAGUACGGCGCCGGGCUUUGGGAUGCUUCCACAACCCAAACGCUAAAGAGCGCCAUGCUCGAUGAGAUCUCAAAGGCGAUCAAAUCUUCCCUUGAGAACCUUAACUCACCUGUCGAUCAUGAGGACAGCAAAAAGUCUGCCUCACAGGAUGAUGAAGAGACGGAAUCGGCACGGAACGGCGAGGAUAGCGACCCGGCGAAGCCAGAAACUGAAAGUAUCGAAUCAGACAGUGCGGCCGAUGUCAAGGACCGGAAGAUACAGCUAUACUUCGAUUCCGUCUAUCUGAAUGAUGCGUUUGCGGUUCAACACUCUGAGCGCAGCCAGUUGACAGAAGUAUUGGGUACACUUCGCAGCAGUCUCGACUUGCCUGCGAAGGCGACAAAGAACCUAGAGAACGCUGCGCGCGAGUACUGGAAACGGACCCAGCUAUUAUUUGGGCUCUUAACCAUGGGAUCUGAGCUCUAA